AUCGUCGUCUCUUUUAGACCAACAGAAUCCCUCCCCCUCUCAUUCUUCUAUUACUCACUCAUUCACCCUCUCGUCACAUCUCACAUCUCACAUCUUUCCCUCUCAUCUCUUCUUUCUUCCCACCUCAUCUCAAUAUCAACCCUCGAAAUUCCAACACAUACCCACUCCACACGCCUUACACACGUGCGUGCUGCUAAAAAUUACGACUGUCCCACUUUUCUCGUCCACGUUCCGUCUCCACACGUCCGAUUUCAGGCCUUGCAUCCAAUCCGCUCCAUCCGAAUGGUGAGCACCAUCCCAUCUACCAAACACCUGCACACUUCCCCCAUCCGGGGUUCUUGCCACGCAUCAACCAUCAUCUGCAUCUAAACAUCUACGACCACCGCCCAUCAUGCCUGGAAUCCUUCCCAUGAAGGUGAUCAAGGUCGGCUCCAAUGCCACGGCCCGAAUCGCACAAGCCUGCGACCGAUGUCGCUCCAAAAAGAUUCGUUGCGACGGCAUCCGCCCAAGCUGUACCCAAUGCACAAACGUCGGAUUCGAGUGCAAGACGAGUGACAAGCUCAGCCGACGCGCCUUUCCACGAGGAUACACCGAGUCGCUCGAGGAGCGAGUCCGAGCGCUGGAACUGGAGGUUCGCGAAUUGAAAGAAUUGCUGGACGAGAAAGACGAGAAAAUCGACCUCCUAUCACGACUGCACUCACAUUCACACUCUCCACAAGCUGCGAAUUCCACGCCUCGAAGGACAUCAACAUCGCCAUCCCCUUCAGAGCGGGUAGAGGCAAAGCAAGAGAAGGAAGACACAUUCAAGGUUCAUCAGGCCCCAUUGCUGUUGGACGACGAGGAGUCCAGUGAUGCAUACUAUGCAGGGGGCUCCAGCGGCAGGACGCUAGUCGAGGCGUUCAAACAACGCGCCCAAGAAACGGGUCGCUCGUGCUCGGAUGUCAAUUCGGGCGUCUUCUUCGGUGCAGGCUCCAAGUCUUCGGUGACACAAUCGCCAAAGCGUGCCAUCUCCUACAAGGCACCUCCUCGCCUAGUAUCUGACCAGAUGGUCAACAUCUUCUUCCAGGAGUGGGCACCAGUAUUCCCCGUACUCCAUCGACCGACGUUCCUUACGCUCUACGAGGAAUACGUCGCCAGCCCCGAUUCCCUGACUGACAAGAAAUCGAUUGCCCAACUCAAUCUUGUCUUCGGAAUCGCAGCACUAUCAAGCGAUCCCCGCGAUGGACAGGACGUCGAGUCUUUCGAGGCCCAGUGGCAGAGCGCCGUGGAGAGCUUCUUGAUGGACAAUGACGUCGCAACGCUGCAGUGUCUUGUUCUGGCCCAGAUCUUCUGCCUUAUCAAGGCCGACUAUUCCAGGCUUCUCAAGUACAAAGGCUUGGCCGUGGCUCUGUCGCAGCGUCUCGGCUUGCAUCAGUCUCAGAAGCGCUUCGCUCUGGGAGCCUUGACAAGCGAGACCAGGAAGAAGGUCUUUUGGUCGUUGUACACUGUUGACUGUCUGUCUGCUGCCCAUCUCGGCCUCCCCAAGCUUCUUAGGGAGGAAGAUGUGCACUGCGAGUACCCCGUUGAUGCUGACGAUGAAUACGUCACAGAGAAGGGGUUCUUGCCGACCCUUCCUGGAGAGUUCACCAAGCUCUCGAGCGCGUUGGCACUGUUCCGCGUGUCGCGCAUCCUGGCCAAGGUGCUCGCAGAGUUGUACCCCGCGUCGCCUUCGCACGAAAUCUCAUUCCGCACGAUUGCGUCGCUCAGUGACGAGCUUGAGGAGUGGUCCACCAACCUCUCGCCUCACCUGAAGCUUACCUUCCAGCAAGAUAAGCCCAGCACGAACGUGACCAGCAGCCGUUCUCCGAUCUUGUCCUUGGCGUAUCACCACAUCCGCGCACUCAUCUACCGGCCUGCUGUCAUUGCCAACCUUGGCGACAAGGGUUCCUCGGCAAUUGUUGCGGUUGGCGACGCAUGCAAGCAUAUGGUGCAGAUCAUCCAGCUGCUCGACGAACGCAAGCUAAGUUUCUCGUUCUGCCUGAACCGCAAUGAGGUACUCGUGCAGGCUGGUUUCGGCCUUCUCUUCCAGACCCUCAACCUCGACCGUGAUGGCAAGCUCAUCAAGGACUGCAACCGUCUUGUCUGCAGCGUCAUCGAGAUGCUCGAGCGUGGCUCUGCCGCCGGCAGCCACGAGUUCCGCCGUGUGGGAUGCUCGAUGAUCUCCAUCCCGCGCGUGGAGAUGCCCAUCCCGACACUGUCUCGUCACAACUCCGAGGCCAGCAUGAAUGCUCCCUUGGAGACCUUCCGUGCCACGCAGAAGUCGUUGAAGGCUAUCGCGGCGCGGUUCUCUCCAGCGGCGAGGGCCAACCGCCAGGAGUCGGAGACAUCGCGCCGAGCCACUCUGCCUGCAAUCUCUCCAGGCAUGCACGCCAACCCGUCGUCCACCAGCCUCUCUUCGAUCCGAUCCGAACCGCCCGUUGCCCGCUCUGAGCCCGCUUUCAGCCCUCUUUCCGGCCGCUCUUCGCUGUCUGUUCACACCAAGCGCCGCACCAGCAGCACUGUGCGACCAUCGCAGAACCCCAACAUCGACUAUCUCUCGUUUGGCCCUGACCCUCUUGCCAACUACCACUUCGCUACAAACCACCACAACGGCAAGCCUGAAGUGUCAUCUCAGGACUGGGAGCGUCUUUUGUCGAGCUUGGAUAACGGACAAACCAAUAUUUACGACACCAUCUACGGUGGCCAAACUGCCGAUGCUCUUCUCGACUGUCCCCCAAUGUCUGCUGGAGCCGAGGCAAGCCUUGCCUGGUCUCCUGAUGUGUGGAGCUGGGACAUGACGGGAGCAGCCGCCCCACCGCCUCAGAGUGUGCUCAGCUUCAGUGACGAGAGUCUGACAAGCGGAGAGGAGUUUGCCAAUUGCGGCGCUGGUGACUACGGCCAGUCGCCGACAGGCAGUCACGACAGGAUCUAUCAGGGGAUCAUGAUUCCCGACAUGAGCACGCCGAACAGCGGUAUGGGAUUGGGUGGAUUGGAUGGGACCUUUCUAUGAUCUUCUGGCUGGCAAAAGGGAUAUGUAAAAUUUCACGAGACCACGACUGGGAACACAUGGUGUGGAUUGGUGGAUUGGACGGUAUAUCCAGGGUUCGAGGGAGUUUGAUUGAUUCGAAGUUUGAUCGGAUUUUGGUCGAAUUUUUGGGCGGAUAGUAUUCGUUUUUGGACACUUCCAACGAUUGGAUGGGAGAGAGGGGAAAGAGACGACGUUUCUAACAUAUUUUUCAAGAGAUACCACGCACACAGCUACCUACCUAUCUACCUACGAAGUACAAAGAGAGAAGGAGUAGUCCGUUGUCUAUAGUUACGAGCACUUUUACUGCUGUUCUUAUUUUCCGAGUUCUUAUUACAUAGUCGAUUUUGUAGUUACUAUGCAC